AAGAGUCACCGCCGAAAGUGGCGUUUGAUCUCCUCUCCAGAGUUCCCAUAAAGAUCUCUCCUUUGUCUUCAGUAAAACCCUGCCAGAGGGAUUCUGCGGAAGGGGUGAGCCGAAAGGAGCGAUCUUGGGAUGGCGAGUUGGGCCAUAUCUUCCGGAUACGGUGGCUUCAGACCCCUUCCCGCCGCCUUCCGUCGUUCCGGAUCCGGCCUCCGAUACCCCGUUGGUAUCACGCCUUUGAGAAGCGUCUCCGGCGGUGACGGAUUGCCCGGCUCCUUCCGCCCCGUGGGGCUUGGCCGCCUUAGCGGAUGGGCGUUGGGGGUGAGCGCGCCGGCGAGGGUGCUGACCUUGAAUGAGGCAGCGGCGAACGGGGAACCUAGGGACGAGGGUGCGGGAAAGGCGGAAGCCUUCGAUCCCGGGAUGCCGCCUCCGUUCGGGCUGACGGAAAUCCGAGCCGCCAUUCCGAAGCACUGCUGGGUAAAGGAUCCAUGGAGGUCGAUGAGCUACGUGGUCCGCGACGUCGUCGUCGUGCUCGGGCUCGCCGUGGCGGCGGCGCGGCUCGACAACUGGAUCAUGUGGCCACUCUAUUGGGUGGCGCAGGGAACCAUGUUCUGGGCCCUCUUCGUUCUCGGCCACGAUUGUGGCCAUGGGAGUUUUUCUAACAAUCCGAAGCUGAAUAGUUUUGUCGGCCACCUACUCCACUCUUCCAUUCUCGUGCCUUACCAUGGAUGGAGAAUUAGUCACAGAACUCAUCACCAGAGCCAUGGGCAUGUUGAGAAGGAUGAAUCCUGGCACCCGUUGUCCGAAAAAGUGUACAAGAGUUUGGACACUCUAGUUCGGGCGCUACGGUUCACAAUGCCAUUCCCUUUGUUAGCUUUCCCAUUGUACUUGUUUGCAAGGACUCCAGGGAAGAGUGGCACACACUUCCAUCCAAGCAGUGGUCUCUUCCUUCCUAGUGAAAAGAAGGAUGUUAUAACAUCAACUGCUUGCUGGAUUGCCAUGGUAGGGUUGCUUGUAGGGUUGACUUGUUUCAUAAGCCCCAUUAAGAUGUUAAAACUUUAUGGAAUCCCCUAUGUGUUCUUUGUUAUGUGGUUGGAUUUUGUCACAUACUUGCAUCACCAUGGACACGAAGACAAGCUUCCUUGGUACCGUUCAAAGGAAUGGAGUUAUCUUAGAGGCGGUUUGACGACAUUAGAUAGGGAUUAUGGAUGGUUUAACAACGUCCACCAUGAUAUUGGGACUCAUGUCAUACAUCAUCUCUUCCCCCAGAUACCGCAUUACCAUCUCGUUGAAGCUACUGAAGCAGCUAAACCAGUGCUUGGAAAAUACUAUAGGGAACCAAAAAAAUCUGGGCCUUUGCCGCUCCAUUUGUUCAGAGUCUUAGCAAGAAGUCUGAAUAAUGAUCGCUUCGUACCUGAUACUGGAGAUGUCGUGUAUUAUCAGACAGAUGAUCGAUCACGCAGUUCUUGAGAAAUUGAGUUGUGAUAGAAGCAUUUUGGGAUGAACCACAAGCUCUAUAUCGCAUAAAAGUUAGAUUCUUUGUUCAUGGUUUCAUAUUCAUGGAAGAUAUUGCUCUUGGUAACGUGGGGGCUGACAAGAAAAAGGUUCCCCCUGUUUAGUAUUCGUCAACAUAUAUAGAGAUUGUAUCAGAAAUAGUUAUGCAUGAAUAAUAUAGAAGCAAAGAUAUUUUGCUCUCUUUGCCUUUGGUGUUCCAUGAAA